UCGAACGCACUCCACUCCUCCUCUACCGGCUUCCGCUGCCGGCCGCGGCCGUCCCCACCCACCACCACCACCACCGCAACCAGCACUGCGGAGCGCAACAACCUCGGGGCCUCCGGCGGGCACAGACGCCCGGAGGAGGGGGAAGCGAGGAUGAGCGGGGCGGCGCUGUGCGCGGCGCUGACGGAGCUGGGGUUCGACGGGGAGGACCCGCUGGACGCGGACGCGCUCGAGUGGCCCUUCCAGUACGAGGAGGCGCGCCCGCUGCUCGCCUGGAUCUGCUCCUGCCUCCGCCCCUCCAACGUCCUCUCCCCGUCCCACCUCUCGCAGUAUGAGCAACUCGUGGAAGAGGGAAGACUGCUAGAGGGUGAGGAUUUGGACUCUGCUUUUGAUAGUAUUUCAGCCUUUUCAAGCAAGAAAGACAAUCAAGAGGCUGUCUUUGAAGCAGAAGAAACUAUUCUUGACAUUCGAGAAGCAAAACUAGCAUAUAGAGCUGAAGUUUUUGAGUUGCAGAGGCAGCUUGCACGGCAGCAAGCACAAUUUGAUAUGCUUGCAGGGCAAGCAUCUUCGCUUAUUCAAGGCAGACGAGCACGUGUAUCAGCUAUGUCUGCAGUUAGCGUGCAACUUAUAUCACUAGAUGAGAUACUUUCAUCCAGAAACUUGGAGAUGAAUGCAGUUCUUGGAAGAAUUACUGCUACAACCCAAGAAUUGGCACAUUAUCAUUCGGGAGAUGAGGACAGUAUAUACUUGGCAUAUUCAGACUUCCAUCCGUAUGUUAUUGGGGAUUUGGCUUGUACAAAGGAGCUAAACCGGUGGUUCUCGAAGCAAUUUGAGAAGGGGCCAUUUCGACUUGUUGCGGAGGAGGGAAAAUCGAAAUGUUCCUGGGUGAGUCUUGAUGACAUCACAAAUGGCCUGACAAGAGGAGAUUCUGAAAAAUCUCAUCAUCACCAACGUGUGGCUGAGUUGCAACGACUCCGUUCGAUAUUUGCUACAAGUGAACGACAAUGGAUUGAAGCACAAGUUGAGAAUGCUAAACAACAGGCCAUACUCCAAAUUUUAAAAUCUCAAGUGUCCUCCGACGAGGCUCACAUACAUCGGGAUAUACAUUCUCUUAGGAGAAAAAGUUCUGAGCUUGCUGGAGAACUCUCAACACUUACUCAAAAGGUGCAGCCUUUCAUAUCUGAGACCAUACCAUGCCUUUGUUCGGAACUUGCUCAACUUCAAGGCACAUAUAUUUUGCAAGGUGAUUACGAUUUAAAGGUCAUGCGCCAGGAAUACUAUAUCAACAGGCAGAAAACUUUCAUCAAUCACUUGGUUAAUCAGCUUGCUAGACACCAAUUUCUGAAGAUUGCUUGCCAACUUGAAAGGAAGCACAUAGCCAGUGCCCAUGCAUUGCUUAGAGUCAUAGAAUCUGAGCUACAUAGCUACCUAUCGGCAGUCAACACCCGUCUGGGCCAUUGCAAUUCAUUAAUUCAAGCUGCGUCUGAGGUACGUGAACAAGGAGCAAUUGAUGAUCGUGACACUUUCCUCCAUGCAGUGCGAGAUCUACUAUGUAUUCACUCAAAUUCCCAAGCAGCAGUACCAACAUACAUGUCAGCACAUGCUUUAGUUCAGCAGAUAUCGGCACUUCAAUCUGACUUGCUUUCUCUUCAGUCUGAACUUGAAAAUACUCUUCCAGCUGACAGGAAAAGAUGUAUCAAUGAGCUAUGCACUCUGAUUCAAACAGUUGAACAGCUUCUAUUUGCAUCGUCAACAACUGCAGAACCAGUAUUGACGCCCUGGCCACUGAUGCGAGCACUUGAUGAUAUGGAAAAUGCAAAUGCUCAAGUUGAAGUUGCUGUUGAAGAAGUAACCAAGGCUCGCACUCAAAAGAUAAAGAUCUUUGAAAAUCGCGCACAUGAGGUGGGGAGGGAAAGGCAGGUGUUUGUUGAUUUUUUCAGCAACCACGAGCGUCUCAAGAAUCAAGUCAGAGAGCUGACCUCCCGCGUGAAAGCUCUCCAGGAAUGAAGCCGUUUUCUCCCGGGCGGUCUUAAGAAAAAUCAGAAGCAAUGGCCCAAAGCUCACAUCUCCUGUGUGGCAAUUCUAUUUCUUGUAGAGAGCUCCAGUGCAAAAUUGGGCAUGUGUGUGGUGCCGGUAUGCAACAUCGAGUGAUUUAGAUGGAUAUUUAGGACAUAGGAGUAUAUGCCAGUGGCCACCUGAAUGGUUGGCGUCAUUGUUGUAUUUAUGCUUCUUUGUAUGUUGUAAACUAUGCUAGAGAUCACGAGCAAUCUUGGACUAGGUUGUGGGGGUGGUGUGUAAAAUACAAUUGAGUUAGUUUGUAUUAGGUGGUUGAUUUAGUUUUUUUAGUUUGGUGGCUGGUCUAGUUGAGCUAACAUCUCAUGUGUCAAAUAUUGAAAGUUACUUUAAAUUCAGAAUCACUAUAAACCUAA